AUGGACAAUGACGAACCUCUUGAGCCUGAGACUAAAGAUGAGAGUGACGCUGUGUCAGUCUCGCAGAGCAGUGAUGAAACACUCUACUGUGAGGCUGAACCCCCCACGGCUGUGGAAAAAGAGAAACCAGCCCGGGAGAGCUCAGAAACAGACCUUGAGAUUGAAGAUACCGAAAAAUUUUCCACCACUGGACAAAGGGAGUUGUACCUGGAGGCCUGCAAACUGGUGGGCGUAGUGCCCAUCUCCUACUUCAUCCGGAACAUGGAGGAGUCCUGCGUGAACCUCAGUCAUCAUGGGCUGGGCCCCAAGGGUACCAAGGCUAUUGCUAUAGCCCUGGUGUCCAACACGACUGUCCUCACGCUGGAACUGGCAGACAACUGUAUCAUGGAGGAGGGGAUCUUGAGCCUGGUGGAGAUGCUACAGGAGAACUACUACCUGCAGGAGAUGAAUAUUUCCGACAAUGAUCUUGGCUUGCAGGGGGCCAGAAUCCUCUCUGAAUUCCUCCAUAAUAACACCUCUUCGCUCUCUAGUCUUCAGCUUUCAGGGAAUAACUUCAAGGAAGAAUCCGCAGAGCUGUUUUGCCAAGCCCUGUUGACCAACUAUAGAAUUAAGUCGCUGGAUCUCAGUCACAACCAAUUCUCUGACAAGGCAGGAGAGUACCUGGGACAGAUGCUGGCCAUCAACGUAGGGCUCCAGUCGCUGGAUUUGAGCUGGAACAGCCUCUGCCUCCGGGGAGCGGUGGCCUUGAGCAACGGUCUCCAGGCUAAUGUGUCCCUGAGGAAACUGGAUCUCUCCAUGAACAGCUUUGGGAACGAGGGGGCUGCAGCCCUAGGGGAGGUCCUCAGACUCAACAACUGCCUGGUCUACAUAGACCUCAGCAGCAACAACAUCAGCAACGAAGGGCUGUCCAACAUCAGCAGAGGACUGGAGUUGAACGAAAGCCUCAAAGUUCUGAAGCUUUACCUGAACCCUAUAAGUAUGGAUGGGGCUGUGUUACUUAUCCUGGCCAUCAAGAGGAACCCCAAAUCCAAGAUGGAGGAUAUUGACAUUUCCAAUGUGCUGGUGUCCGAGCAGUUCGUGAAAAUAUUGGAUGGGGUGUGUGCCGUCCACCCCCAGCUGGACGUGAUAUACAAGGCAGUGCGAGGCAUCUCUAACAAGAAAACCCUCUUCACGUGGACAAGCCCCGUGAAACUGAUCCAGAGCUAUGCAGACCAACACAAAAUCUCAGUCCUGGACUUCUUCAGGAGCCUGAACCCUAGUGGAGAGACGAAGAUGCCUGUGGGCGAGUUCCGGAAAGCUAUGAUACAGCAGAACAAGGUCCCUGUAAACCGGUACCAAGUCAGGGAGCUGAUAAAGAUGCUGGGUCAGAAGACAGACAUGGUGGACUUCAGGUUAGCCCGGCCCCGCCACCUGGCCGCAUCUGGGCUGCCCUUCUGCCCGGGGCAGGCCUCCCGUUCCCUCUAA